AUCAAUCAAAAUUUGGCAAUGUAACCAAAACUUGGAAUCGAAAAUAAUCGAAAUCGUACGUGGGAACUCCCCCAAAGCCCCGGAGGAAAAAGGGAAGUCAAAUAUAUUAAAGUUUAAAGAAAUGCGUUUGUUAGCAUGGAAUCAAUUCAAGAACUGCAAAGUCAAGUCUACAUAUUUUAUCAGCGCUAAGAAAAUUGUAACAGACGUAGAGCCGCCCCCAGAAAUUGUUGACAAAAUCCCAGAUGCAGAUCCAUCCUUGGUAGAAAUCUUGCCCUCAUGGCCGGAGUCAGAGCAGCCAGAAUUGCGGUCUGCGGUGCUGAGAGACAUGCGGGUGCUGCCUAACUUUGUGACGGAGGCAGAGGAGGCUUCACUGGUGCAGGAGCUGGAGCCCCGCCUCAAAAGAAUGAGAUAUGAGUUUGAUCAUUGGGAUAAUGCCAUCCAAGGCUACCGCGAGACGGAAUACAGCGGCUGGAGCCCCGAGAACGCGCGCGUGCUGCGGCGCGUGCGCGCGGCCGCGUUCCGGGGCCCGGGCGCCGCGCCGCUGCCGCUCGCGCACGUGCUGGACCUGGCCGCGGCCGGGUUCAUCAAGCCUCAUAUCGAUGCUGUGCGGUUCUGCGGAGAAGUGAUAGCGGGCCUCUGCUUGCUGUCCUCGGCAGUGAUGCGCUUGCAGCACGAGACGACGCCGCACCUGCAGCUGGACGCGCUGCUUGAGAGGCGCGCCUUGUACAUCAUGCGCGGCUGCGCCCGCUACCAGUUCACGCACGCCGUGCUGCCCGCGGAGCGCAGCGCGUGGCGCGGCGCCGUGCUGCGGCGCGCGCGCCGGCUCGCGCUCAUCACGCGCAGCCAGCCCGCGCCCGCCGGCACCGAGUAGGCUCGCCCGGGGGAGGAUAACGGGCGAGUACAACAGCCCCCUUGGCGUGGCAGACGCGACGCCGUUUCGCUUUUCAUUGUGAAGUGAAACGAGACAGCAAUAGUUUUUCUUUUCACGCGAUAACAAUUGCGUCGCGCGUGCUAUGCUAUGAGGGCUGGUGUUUUUAACCGACGUCAAAAGAAGGGUUAUGUUUAAAAGAUAUUGAUAAGGCACCUGUCUUAUCGUAAACUGUGCCUUAUGAUAAUGUAUAAAUAGAUUGUUAAAAUGUACAAAUUCACAUUGGCGCGAUUCAAAAUGUAGUAAUGAUAGUACCGCAAUCGUAUGAUAAUACCGCACAUAAUUUUAUUUAAAAAAAAAUUAUAUGUAUCUAUAUUUUACGGUUUCUAUGGCGCUUGUUUGUCAUAUAAAAUCGGAUGAAGCAAAGGAAGUAUGCAGGGAUCGUGGCAAGUGGAAAGAGGUAGUCUCUGCCUACCCCUCCGGGAAAGAAGCGUGAUUUUAUGUAUGUAUGUAUACAUACUGUAUACAUUUUAAAUUUAAAAAUAUAAACAGUGACAAUUCGUACAUAUUUUUUUGUGAUUAAUAUUUUGUUAAAUGCGAGCGAGUUCUGAAUCGCGCUAAUUUUGUACGCUAUGAAUUUAUUAGAUAGUUAAUUUAUUACUUAGGUAUGGAUUUCUUAUUACAUUUGUUUUAUACGAAGAUGUAUUAUAAUCUAGUCUUA